AGGUUUAGGACUAUGACUUCAGGGAUCUAUACGGGCGGCAUCAGGAAAUGCAACAGGUGGAAAACUAUUCGUUCUCGCAAUGAUCUGUUGUUGUUCUCCGGAAGGAAGGUGCACUUGAAGAGAACGCUGCCUGAAUUUGGACGCUCGAGUAAGGGGGGAAAUAAGAACUAGUCGCACGUCCAGCCACAGAAAACCCACAGCCGGGCACCAUGGAUGACAGCUUGAGUAACUCCAAUGUGAAGGUCGCAGUUCGCGUCCGACCAAUGAACAGAAGAGAAAAAGACCUGAAGACCAUCUGUGUGGUGGGGAUGGAGGGGAACCAGACAGUGUUGAACCCUGCUAGUCAGAACCUCAGCAAGGGAGACUCCCGGAAUCAGCCUAAGGUCUUUGCUUAUGACCACUGCUUCUGGUCCACGGACGAGUCCGACACAGACAAGUUUGCAGGUCAAGACGUCGUGUUCCAGUGCCUUGGAGAGAGUCUUCUGGACAAUGCCUUCUUGGGCUAUAACGCCUGUAUCUUCGCCUAUGGACAGACAGGCUCUGGGAAGUCGUACACCAUGAUGGGUUCGUCAGAGCAGCCAGGUCUGAUCCCGCGGCUGUGCAGCUCUCUGUUUGACCGGAUCCUACAGGAACAGAGGGAGGGAGAGAGCUUCACUGUAGAGGUCUCCUUUAUGGAGAUCUACAACGAGAAGGUUCGCGACCUACUGGACCCUAAAGGAAGUCGUCAGGCCCUGCGAGUGAGAGAACACAAGGUGUUCGGGCCGUACGUUGAUGGUCUGUCUCGUCUGGCUGUAGCCUGCUAUAAGGACAUAGAGUGUCUGAUGUCAGAGGGUAACAAGUCUCGUACAGUAGCAGCCACCAAUAUGAACGAGGAGAGCAGCAGGUCCCACGCCGUCUUCAACAUCAUCCUCACACACACUGUAACGGACCUGGGUUCUGGGACCAGUGGUGAGAAGGUCAGUAAACUGAGUCUGGUGGAUCUGGCUGGCAGUGAGAGAGCUGCUAAGACUGGAGCUACUGGAGAGAGAAUGAAGGAGGGGAGCAACAUCAACAAGUCUCUGAGCACGCUGGGCCUGGUGAUCUCAGCGCUGGCAGACCAAGGAGCAGGGAAGAACAAGACCAAGUUUGUUCCCUACAGAGACUCCGUUCUCACCUGGCUACUCAAGGACAGUCUGGGUGGUAACAGUAGGACAGCCAUGGUGGCCACGGUGAGUCCAGCAGCUGAUAACUACGACGAGACAUUGUCCACGCUGCGCUACGCUGACCGGGCUAAGAGCAUCGUCAACCACGCCGUCGUCAACGAAGACCCCAACGCACGCAUCAUCAGAGAGCUUCGGGAGGAGGUGGAGAAACUACAAGACCAGCUCACUGAGGCUGAGUCUAUGAAGGCUCCAGAUUUGAAGGAGAGGCUGGAGGAGUCCGAGAAACUGAUUCAGGAGAUGACAGUUACCUGGGAACAGAAACUACGGAAGACUGAGGCAGUGGCUCAGGAGCGUCAGAAACAGUUGGAGUCUCUAGGUAUCUCUCUCCAGUCGUCUGGCAUCAGAGUGGUAGACGACAAGUGUUUCCUUGUCAACCUCAACGCCGACCCCGCCCUCAAUGAGCUGCUGGUUUACUAUCUAAAGGAGCACACGCGUGUUGGCUCAGCUGACUCUCAGGACAUUCAGCUGUGUGGUAUGGCCAUCCACCCUGAACACUGUGUCAUCAACAUCACCGCUGAGACUGGAGUGGUGCUCACACCACACCGCAGCUCCCGUACGUGUGUGAAUGGCUCCUCAGUCACCAACCCUGUCCUGCUUCACCAUGGAGACCGGAUCUUGUGGGGAAACAACCACUUCUUCAGGAUCAACCUGCCCAGACACCUGGCCCAUGCGGGGGGUGAGGAUGAGGCGGGAGGUGUGAUGAAGAAUUGCCUCAGUACUGACCAGUUGGAAGUGGACUUUGAUACGGUCAGCAAUGUGUCCAGUGAGGUCAGCUUUGGCUACGAGUUCGCCCAGACAGAGGUCAUGAUGAAGGGCAUGGGCAGCGACGACCCCAUGCAGUCCGUCCUCCAGACGUUGGAGCGACAGCACGAGGAGGAGAAGAGGACGGCUCUGGAGCGACAGAGACAGAUGUAUGAGCAGGAGCUGCAGCAGCUGAGGAAGCGGCUCCCUCCUGCAGAGAAACACACCCUGCUGCUGCCGAGCCCUGGGCCUGCAGACCUGGAGCCAGCCGGGCCCUCAGCAGCAUCGCUCGCAUCAUCACCCUGCGCCCAGACACGCAUGCGGAGAUGGAGCGAGGACAGAGAGGCCAUGAUGACUCGUAGCCUGCGUAGACUGAGGGAGCAGAUCGUCAGAGCUAACCUGCUGGUGCAGGAAGCGGGCUUCAUAGCUGAAGAACUCAACAAGAGGACAGAGUACCUGGUCACACUGCAAAUACCUGCUGCUAACCUCGACGCCAACAGGAAGCGUGAUGCGGUGCUAAGUGAGCCCGCGGUGCAGGUGAGACGUAAGGGUAAAGGGAAACAGAUCUGGGCCCUGGAGAAGAUGGAGAAUAGACUGGUGGACAUGAGAGAACUGUACCAGGAAUGGAAAGACUACGAUGACGACAACCCUGUGAUGCGUUCCUACUUCAAGCGUGCCGACCCGUUCUUCGACGAGCAGGAGAACCACAGUCUGAUAGGAGUGGCCAACGUGUUUCUGGCCUGUCUCUUCUACGACGUCAAGCUGCAGUACGCUGUACCCAUCAUCAACCAGAAGGGAGAGGUUGCAGGCCGUCUACAUGUGGAGGUGUGGCGAGGGAGCGAGGGGCUGGAGAAAGUAGAGACCAGUCCAGAUGGCGAGACACAGGAACGCAAAAUGGAGUGUGUGGUCAGGAUCCUACAGGCUACAGGUCUUCCUCGCCACCUGUGUAACUUUGUGUUCUGCCAGUACCAUUUCUGGGGGCAGGAUGAGCCUGUGUUCAUUGCCCCGGAGGUGGUGCCCACACCCCCGUCAGCCACCAGCAGAGAUCCACUCUGCACCGUACUUUUCGACAGUAGCAAGGAGCUGGAGGUGUGUGUGUCUGAGGAGUUUGUGGAGUUUGCGGCGGAGGGUGCAGUGGCCAUCGAGGUGUUUGGACAUAAACAGGUGAACCACCGCAGGAACCUGGCUCUCUGGGAUCUGGGAGUCAUUCAGGCCAAGACACGAACCCUCAGAGAGAGGUGGAGUGAGGUGACUCGUAGGCUGGAUCUCUGGGUUCAGGUGUUGGAGCUGAAUGAAGCAGGAGAGUUCACCCCUGUAGAGGUCCUACCACCCAAGGACGUCGGCACUGGGGGCAUCUUCCAGCUCAGACAGGGCCAGUCUCGUCGUUUGCAGGUGGAGGUACGGUCCGUACCUGACUCAGGAACCAUGCCCCUCAUCGCCACAAACAUCCUCUCUGUAUCCAUUGGCAACGUGGAGGUACGCGAGGCCUGCCGCUGGGAUGAGGACAUGGACAGCUAUCAGGAAGGUGAUCUGGAGAGGUUGAGGGACCAGUGGCUGACCACUCUCACUAAGAGGCAACAGUACCUGGACCAGCACCUGCAGAAGAUGGUCCAAAAGGCCGGUAAGUCAGAGGAUGACGUGGAGAGGGAGGCCCAGCUGUUAGAGUGGCGUUUGACCCUGACAGAGGAACGUAACGCCGUCCUGUUACCUUCGGCUGGUAGCGGGAUCCCUGGAGCCCCCGCUGAGAGAGAUCCUGUUCCUGGGAUGGAGGCACACAGUCCUGUUCUCUUCCUGGACCUCAGUGCUGAUGAUUUCCAGGAUAACCCAUCUGCUCCACUGGCUGGGGGUCUAGAUGCCAUGCUUAACCAGGAGGAUGAGGAUGCCUUUUUUGACUUGCACAUAGUCAAGCACUACGAUGGAGGAGAGGUUGGUGCAGAGGCGUCGUGGGACUCUACGGUACAUAACUGUCCCCAGCUGAGUCGCAGUGUGUCAGCUGACCUCAGGGUGUACCUGAUCGUCAGGGUCGUAGUUCAACUCUCUCACCCUGCUAACAUGCACCUGGUCCUCCGAAAACGAAUCUGUGUCAACCUAGCUGGACGACAGGGUUGGGGUCAGAGUCUGUUGAAGAGGAUGUCUCAUCGCAGCACCAUCCCUGGUUGUGGAGUCACCUUCGAGAUCGUCUCCAACAUCCCUGGGCAUGUCCAGGGUCCAGAGGACAGAGAGAUGCUGGCCAGACUAGCAGCCAGUGUUGAUGUUCAGGAUGUCCAGUCAGGGGACAGUGAGGCUGCCAUAGAGAAGUACCUCCGCAGUGUCCUGGCUGUGGAGAAUAUACUCACCCUGGACCGACUACGACAGGAAGUAGCAGUAAAGGAGAAGUUGUCUGUCAAGGCCAAGUCUCCAAGUCGUGCUCUCAGCUCUCCUAACGUGAACCGGCUGUCAGGAUCCUGGAGCAGACAGGAUCUGUCCUCCAAUCACAGGCCAGAUGACAACAAGGGCUGGUCAGAGAGUAACCAGGACCUGUCAGUGUUCUCCUCACCGUCCAACUCCAGACGCACCCUGCCUAGCUCCGCUCCGCCUCUGGUCCAGAACAUCCACCCUGAGACGAUCAAGGCUCUGGUUCCUCCUGUCCCUAAACUGCUAAAGUCCCUGUUCCCAACCAGGGAGGAGAAGAGAGACCUGACCCAUGUCCCACAGCAGCCUCUCCCUCAGAGCCUACCUCGCAUUGUCGUGCAGUCCGCAAGUGUUGAAGAGGACUUGAAUACAAAACUUAGCCAUCAAUUGGUUCCCAUUGGGGUAAUCAUCCCCCCAAAGUGCCAAUCAGAGGCUGGGAAAACCAUGCCCCUCCCCCCGGCUAUCAUCCCUCCACUCAUCCCUGAGAUAGAAGACCCCUUCCCCAGUCCGGUCAGCGAGGCAUCCAGUGGCUACAUGUCCACCAGCGUCUCCACGGCAACCCUGUCAGAGGCUUACCUGAUUUGUGGGGACCUCGGUCUGUCAGCCAAUCUCAAUCCAGAUGGCUUUGAGGUGACGCACAGGUCGUUCGAGUCCGACAUCGGUCGGUGUCUUCAUCAGGAGUCUAACAUGGCCGACCAGGAGGAAGAGAGGACCACUGCUACUGACCUGGAGGCUUCAGAGAAACAGAGGACUGAUACUAGUUCUCCCCAGGCAGACAGGGCUGAUAUUGAUACACUACGAGCAGACUCUUCUCUCCCAUUGGAUCCACAUGGAACCUCCGCAGAACCUCUUCUCAUAUCAAAACCCUAUAAAUCCUCAGGAGAACCUGAAGAUAUGACUCCACCAGAGUCACUGUCACACAAGUUUACACAAGAAUACUACAGACUACUACCUUGUGAAGUAUCAAUCCAACCAGAGUCACUGACACCGUCUACACAAGAACAGUCUGUAGCAUCUAAUGAGUCUGAACCACCAGUCCAGCCAGUCAAGUCUGUACAAGAACAACUGAGACGGUCUUCACCAGACAAUUCAACAGAAAAACUGUCUGUAGAAUUAGACCAGUCAGAACCACCAGUCCACAGAAAAGACCCAGUCCAGUUAGAACAACCACCAGUGGAGCCAAAGCCACCUCGGGAACAGCGUGAGGCAACAGCUGAGUCAGCACCUCUAGAUCAGCUUGCACCUCUAGAUCAGCUUGCACCUCUAGAUCAGCUUGCACCUCUAGAUCAGCUUGCACCUCUAGAUCAGCUUGCACCUCUAGAUCAGCUUGCACCUCUAGAUCAGCUUGCACCUCUAGAUCAGCUAGCACCUCUAGACCAGCUAGCACCUCUAGACCAGCUAGCACCUCUAGACCAGCUAGCACCUCUAGACCAGCUAGCACCUCUAGACCAGCUAGCACCUCUAGACCAGCUAGCACCUCUAGACCAGCUAGCACCUCUAGACCAGCUAGCACCUCUAGACCAGCUAGCACCUCUAGACCAGCUAGCACCUCUAGACCAGCUAGCACCUCUAGACCAGCUAGCACCGGCAGACCAGCUAGCACCUCUAGACCAGCUAGCACCUCUAGAUCAGCUAGCACCUCUAGACCAGCUAGCACCGGCAGACCAGCCUGAACCUGCACUUACCCCUGUAAAGCCUCUGGUUGUCCAGCUUGCACCUAGCCAGCCAGCCAAAGCUCCAGCCCCAACCCUGGCUUCAGCUCCAAUCACUGCCGUAACUCCUGCUCCUGUCCCACCCAAAGCCCCUCUCAUCACCACUGUCCCAACCCUUCUUCCAGCACUAGUUGUCAAACCUCCCAGUAGCUCGGCAGCAAACCCAUUCAAGAUCCAGAAAGUAAAGACGUCCGAUCUGAAGUCCUUCCAUCCUAUUGUAAAUGAGGAUGAGAGCCAGGCCAGGAACAGUGGUCUUGGUGCUGAUCUCGCUCUUCCUCUGGAUAUCCUCUCUGACUCAGACGAAGGAGUCACUGACACAGCCACAGAGGUGCAUGACUGGCUGAAGGAGGGGGAGUUUGUGACUGUAGGAACUAAUAAAAGUGGCACUGUGCGCUACGUGGGACCUACGGAUUUCGCAGACGGAACCUGGGUUGGAGUGGAGCUGGACUUACCUGCGGGGAAAAAUGACGGGUCUGUGGGUGGAAAGCACUACUUCCACUGUAACCCUGGUUACGGGGUGUUGGUGCGUCCUGAUAGGGUGAGCCGUGGAGGAGUCGGGGGCGGGGCUAAGGAGAAGCGGCGACAGCAGCAGAAGCGUCGCAGUGCUAACCUAUCAGGGUCCAGCCCUAACCUGGCUGCCCUCACUGCCCUGGCCAAGGGAGAGGGGACUGGGGCCGGUCGCAAAGGAGACAACCGUAAAUCCUGGAACAGCUGAGAGGAGAGUGUAGCAAGGUUGGGGUCAAUUUCAUUCCAAUUCAGUCAAUUCAAGAAGGAAUCUGUAAUUCCAAUUUCAAUUUCCCCUGAACACUUCUCUAGAGAUGCAUUGAGGAAAAUUUGAAAUUCGAAUUUCAGUUUACUUUCCGAAUUGCUGGAAUUGAAACGAGAUUGACCCCAACCUGGUGGGUACUAGACGCAACGCCACAACCAACUAGUAGAGGUGCAACCCAAAAACCACAGCAACAUAUCAAGACAUAAGAGGUGCACCAUUUUCUCGUUUUAAAUGUUCAGUCACCGAUGGACAGGUGGAGGAGAGGCCCAGUUCAUGGUGCUGGCUGCAUCAAGGAGUAGGAUUAAGUUACCCCCUAGUCACUGAACUUGGGUCAGUUAGACUUUUUCCCCACUCAUGGAUAAGGUUAGUAUUGGGGGGAGGGGAUGCAGAUUCUAGAUCUGUACCUAGGGGUAACUUCAUCCCGGGGCCAGUUUUGUGAAGUUGCCCCUAGUCACUGAUCUUGGGUCAGUUUAGCAUUUUCCUCACUAAUGGUUAAGGUUCGGGGGAGGAGGGGAAAGCUGAUCCUAGAUCUGUACCUAGGGCAGGGGUGUCAAACUCAUUCCAUGGAGUUUUUUGGGGGGGGUUUCCUUUCAAUUAUUAAGACUAAGACAACCAGGUGAGGGGAGUUCCUUACUAAUCAGUGACCUUAAAGCAUGAAACACACCGAGAAUCUGACUGUCCAUAGACUGCCGAUGGGUACUUAUAACAGUGGGAGGCCGUUCCUUCUCUUGCUAGAACAAAAGUGGUACCUGCUGCAUGCCGAACGAACCUACCGAUUCUAUUUGUGGAAUCGCAAUGCUCGUCAGUGGCCAACAAUUUGACUUUGAACCAAUCAGAGAGCACCAACCCCCAAGUGGGAGAGCCAAUAAAAAAAAUAGGGCAUUUUCUCCAUACGUCCACGAAUGAGCCAGUCACACUUCAUAUGCAAUGUUAGGCUAUGAGAGGGUAGCUAGCUAAGUGCACAGACGCAAUGCACACAACACUAAAUACUUCCUCCAAACAAGCUUACCACUGUAGCUAGUAUUGACAUUGUAAUUCAAUCAUAAUGGAUUAGCUAGUUUCCAUGAAACUGUGUUAGCUGCUGAGUUAGUACAGUGUCCUUAGCUUUAGCUAUGUUAUGCUAGCAAGCUAAACAUUUGGCUAGGGUCUGGCAGUAUGGGAUUAUGAAGAGUUAAUUAAAUUGUUUCUUUGUCAUCUUGCUAGGUAGUUAUCUAGCUGUGGCCUUCUGGUUAGUAUCAACAAAGGCUUUCUACUAGGCUUGGGUGAUAUACCUUAUAUCGGGUUUUUUUUUAAAUACCGUUGGUAUGAUUUUCAAUACCAAUGGUUUGCUAACUUGCCAGCUAAGUUGCGAGACGUCAAGGUCACACUUCUUGUUUACAGCAGAGCCAUUCAAUCCCCUCUUGGGUGGAUCAAGAUCCCUGUUGCUUAAAUUGUUUUGAGCAUUUUUUUAAAUGUUAUAUUCUUUAUGGCGCCCCCUUGUGUGCACAUUCGGUAAUACCGUAUACCCUGGUAUGGUACGGAAACGGUAUGAACCUCUGGAUACUUCCCGACCCUACUUUCUACGAAAUAGCAACAUUAGCACAGAUAGCUUGGAAUCUAGACCAUAGGCAAUGGCAUUGCCAAACAACGCUACUGCCACCUUCUGGUUUGGAGUAUGUUAACAAGGCUGAGUGGCUGACGACUUCAAAGGUCUUUGCUGUGUGAACACAAACCAGAGAUUGACUGCCGCACUGUUCGGAGGUGCUCAGUACUGACAGGCAAACGUUUGACAAGCCUACCGCUGAGUCUUCGCUUUAAUUCAUCGAUCCAGUACAAGGGAGGUGGUGAAAACCUGCACACACUCUGCACUCUUUGGAAUGAGUUUGACACAUGACCUAUAGGUCAGGGGUUCUCAAAGUAGGAUCUGCGGACUACUACAGGGGGUUUGCCGCUGUUUGUUUUUUUGUACGUUUUGGGGGGGGGGGUAUUACGAACAAAAGAUUGAACAACUUUUGGCCAAGGUAUCCGUGGAAUACGUUUAAUGUGUUAAUUGUUUGAAUCAAUACAAUGUAAUAGUAGUAAUCUGUAAUUUAUGUUCUUGACCCUAGAGGCUCCCUGGAGGCUCACAGGGAUAUUGGUAUCCACUCCACCAAUUAUCUUUUCUUUCUUUCUGUUUCUUUUUACAUAAAUGCACUGUGAUUCAAGUUCUAAAAUGGCAAAGUCUUUGCCUCAUGGCAAAAUGUGCAGAAUUCCAGGAUAAUAGUUUUAAAACGGCAACAUUUUCUCUCCGAUGCCAAGAGGCGGGCCUUUUAAAUGUUCUUUCUCCGGGCCCUCGACUUGGUUUGUUCAGCCUUGCACUGCAGACGGCAUAGUAAAACUAAUUGUAGGCUGUUUUUAACACACUGGAGAUGUCUUCUGAUUAUGAGCGGGUCCUUGUUGAAUUUUCUAUCACAAAAGGGGUCCCAGGCCCCAAACAGCUUGGGAACCCCUGACCAAGGGGAAACUUCACCUCCAGAGCUUUCUUUCAUAUCAUCUGAAUGUAUUUUUUUGUCUGAUUGGGUCUCUCAGGUUCUCAAAUAACACGUGCCAUAUUUUAUUUACCAGGGUUGCGAUCAAUUCCAUUUCAUUUCAGGAAAUACACAAAUUCCAAUUCUAUUCAAUGCUUUUCAAUUAGGAAUUUGGUUUACUUUCUGAAUUGACUGAAAUUGAAAUGGAAUUUGCCCCAACCCUGGUUAUUACAACAGUGUGGCAGAACAAUAUGUUAUCGUGAUCUGUUUUUAGCUAACAGGAAAUAUUCUGUGUAUUAAUUAAUUUACUUAAACUGUUUGAUUGGAUCAUUUUAUGUUUGGAUGUUAUGUUAUAAGGUUUUGGGAUAGUGUGGGACAGGUAGAAUGCAACCUGGUAUGUGUUUUAUGUAUACUGAACAAAAAUAUAACGCAACAUGUGAAAUGUUGUCCCAUGAAAUUAUCCAUAUGUUCAGAAAGCUUAUUAUUCUCAAAUGUUGUGCACAUAUUUUACAUCCCUAUUCGUGAGCAUUUUUCCUUUGCCAAGAUAAUCCAUCCACCAGACAGGUGUGGCAUAUCAAGAAGCUGAUCAUAUGACCAUAACACAGGUGCACCUUGAGCUGGGGAUAAAAUGUGCAGUUUUGUCACACAAUUCCACAGAUGUCUCAAGUUUUGAGGAGCGUGCAAUUGGCAUGCUGACUGCAGGAAUGUCCACCAGAGCAGUUGCCAGAGAAUUUAAUGUUAAUUUCUCUACCAUAAGCCACCUCCAAUGUUGUUUUAAAGAAUUUAGCAGUAUGUCCAACCUGCCUUACUAACGUAUGUAACCACGCCAGCCGGCUUCUUGACCUGCGGGAUCGUCUGAGACCAGACAGCUGAUUCAACUUUUUUUAAAUAUACUUUUUACCCCCUUUUCUCCCCAAUUGGUAGUCUUGUCCCAUCGCUGCAACUGCCAUACAGACUUGAGAGGUGAAGGUCGAGAACCAUGCGUCCUCCGAAACACGACCCUGCCCCACUGCUUCUUGACACACUGCUCGCUUAACCCGGGAGCCAGCCGCAACAAUGUGUCAGAGGAAACGCCGUACAACUGGCGACCGUGUCAGCGUGCAUGUGCCCGGUUCCCGCCACAGGAGUCUCUAGAGCGCGAUGGGACAAGGACAUCCCGGCCGGCUAACUCCUCCCCUAACCCGGGCCAAUUAUGCACCGCUUCAUGGGUCGCGGCCGGCUGCGACACAGCCUGGGAUCGAACCCGGGUCUGUAGUGACGACUCAAGCGCCUUAGACCACUGCGCCACUCGGGAGGCCCGCAAAGCAGUAUUUCUGUCUUCAAUAAAACCCUUUUGUUGGCGGGGGAAACAACCAAUUCUGAGUGGGUGGGACUGGCUCUCAAGUGGGUGGGCCUAUGGCUUCCUAAGCCCACCCAUGGCAGCACUCCGAAAUCUGUAGACGAGGGUCUAACCAAUUUAUUUCAAUUGACACAUUUCCUUAUAUGAACUGUAAGUCAUUUUUGAAAUUGUUGCAAUUUGCGUUUAUAUUUUUGUUCAGUAUAGUUGCUGUGCAUGGAUGGGUUCUGUUUUGUAUGCAGAUUUGGGUAUUUAUGUAAUGUAUUAGGGGGUUUAAGACAUUGCACAUUGGGCUUGUUUUUAAUUAUUUUUCAAAUGUUUUAUACGUGCAUUCAGUCUGAUCUGACUGUAUGAAUGUUCCAUUUUAUUUUUAGAUGGAAACUAGACAUUUUUAAAAGAAAUCGAUGGGAUGACCACUAAUCUCUUUUUUUAAUAUCAAUAUGGUGUUACAAUAAACUGUAUACUUCUACAUCUUUACCAAAUUUUUAUUUACAACUGAAUUGUAUUACAUCUUAAUAAACUACGUUUCCGUAUGUCUAGGAACCUUUAA